AGGAUUUCGCGGCGCGCCGGCGUCCCUUGGAGGCGCCACGUGGGCGAGCAGGGAGGGCGGAUCAGGCUGGAGGCGGAGGCGGAGACACAGCUGAUUGAUUGAUUGAUUGAUUGAUUGGCUGAUUGGCAGUCAGGCGCCUGGGGGGCCGCUCAACUGGCAGCUCGGGUCCCCUGGAGCCCCUUUCCUUCCUCUGCCAGGGCGCAGGAGGUGAAGAUGCACUCCAUACGCAGCUGCAUCGUGGGAGGUCUGAGGGUGUGCCGUCGGAGGCCUCCAUGCUGGACCCUGCAACUGGCUGGACCCUGUUCUUGGGCUUCCACCAGGGGCUUGGAUCCUGAGGUGCCCAGCGGAGAAGCAAAGUGCAAGGGAGGCCUGGAAGAUUUUCAUGCUAAGUUGGCGGCAGGGCCAUCAUUGCAGCAUUUCCUACAAGACGCUGGAGCUGUGCAGGAAACUCACCGUUUGCCAGCUGAAGCAGCGGAGGACUCAGCACCCUAUCUUGGCUCCAGAACCCUGGCAGAUGCCCCAAGAAAAGUGUACCUGGAGACUUAUGGCUGUCAGAUGAAUGUCAACGAUACAGAGAUUGCCUGGUCCAUCCUCCAGAAAAAUGGCUACCUCAGGACCAGCAGUUUGCAGGAGGCAGAUGUGGUUCUCCUUGUCACGUGUUCAAUCAGGGAGAAGGCUGAGCAGACAAUCUGGAACCGCUUACGAUACCUCACGGCUCUGAAGUCCAAGCGGCCCCGAUUGCAAGCGCCCUUACGGAUCGGGAUAUUAGGUUGCAUGGCUGAGAGGCUGAAGGAGAAGAUCCUGGAGCGGGAGAAGUUAGUCGACAUUGUGGCAGGCCCUGAUGCUUACCGCGACCUUCCCAGGCUCCUGGCAGUGGCCGAAACAGGCCAGCAAGCCGCCAACGUCCUGCUCUCCCUGGAUGAAACUUACGCAGACAUCCUUCCUGUCCACACCAGCACCAGCCCCACGUCGGCCUUCGUGUCCAUCAUGCGCGGCUGCGACAACAUGUGCACCUACUGCAUCGUCCCCUUCACCCGCGGGCGCGAGAGGAGCCGGCCAGUGGCCUCCAUCCUGCAGGAGGUGCAAGCACUCUCAGACCAGGGGGUGAAGGAGGUCACCCUGUUGGGCCAGAACGUCAACAGCUACCGGGACACCUCCGAGGCCCAGUUCCUCUCGGCGACCCCAACUCAGCUGAGUCGCGGCUUCAGCUCCGUCUACAAGCCCAAGCAGGGUGGGUUGCGCUUUGCAGACCUCCUGGACCGGGUGUCCGCCAUCAAUCCGGAAAUGAGGAUCCGUUUCACUUCCCCGCACCCCAAGGACUUCCCGGAUGAGGUCUUCCAGCUUAUGAAGGAGAGGCACAACAUAUGCAAACAUCUGCACCUCCCGGUCCAGAGCGGAAGCACCCGUAUCCUGGAGGCGAUGAGGAGAGGAUAUACCCGGGAAGCUUACCUGGCGCUCGUACACCUCAUCCGAGACUCUUUGCCAGAUGUGACUCUCAGCAGCGAUUUCAUUGCUGGCUUCUGCGGGGAGACGGAAGACGACCACCGGCAGACGCUGUCCCUCCUUCGUGAGGUCGGCUACAACACGGCCUUCAUCUUUGCUUACAGCAUGAGGGAGAAAACCCGGGCGUUUCACCGCCUGCAGGACGACGUGCCCCCUGAAGUGAAGCAGAGGCGGCUGAAGGAGCUCAUGACUGUCUUUCGUGAGGAGGCGUCCUGGGCAAAUGCAGCCGCCGUGGGACGAGUGCAAGUGGUCUUGGUAGAGAGUACGAGCAAACGCUCAGCCUUGGACCUGUGUGGCCGGAACGAUGGCAACAUCAAAGUGAUCUUCCCAGACGUGGAGGUGGAUGAUGGCACCGGCUUGGGAUCCCAAGUCCGAGUCCAGCCGGGCGAUUAUGUCCUGGUGAAGAUCUCCUCUUCCAGCUCCCAGACGCUGAGGGGCAUCCCUCUCCGCCGAACCACCCUGAAAGGAUCCACAGCGUUUGGAGGAGCAGACUGAAGGGGUGGCUGGAAGGGAGGAGCAGGAGGCGAUUUUGGGACUGGAGACAGAUCCUGGCAUGUCCAAACUCUGCUGAGAGGGUUGCU